AUGGCUGCAUCUCCCCUGCUCUUCCUGUUUGGGGUUCUCUCCUUCGUCUAUCUAGCAGCCGCCUCUAACAUCUCGUCUCUCGUGUCUACCCUUUCUUCCUCCUCCCAGAUUUACUACCCCAGCGAUGCUGACUGGGCUGACACCGUCCAGCGAUGGACCGCGUGGGACGAGCCCACCUUCUCUGUGGCCAUUAAGCCUGCCUCUGUUGCGGAGCUCCAGUCUGUUGUCAAAUACGCUUCCAAAUAUAAUAUCCCUUUUUUGGCCAGUGGUGGAGGCCAUGGAUAUAGUACCUCUUUCGGAGGUCUUCAGAACGGUUUGAAGAUUGACCUAAGCCUGUUUAACAGCGUCAGUAUCGACAAAUCUGCAAGCACAAUGACUAUCGGUGGUUCUGUUAAGUUCUCUCAAGUCAUGGGACCUCUCUUCGAGGCUGGAAAGGAGAUUCAAACCGGCUCUUGUCCUUGUGUGGGAAUGGUAGGUGCUACUCUCGGCGGUGGUGUUGGCAGAUACCAAGGCCUUCACGGUCUCAUACUCGAUGCUUUGAAGUCGGUCCAGCUCGUCACCGCUGCUGGCGAUCUUAUCACCGUCUCUGCCACGCAGAACAAAGAACUAUUCUGGGGCCUUCGUGGCGCUGGAUUUAACUAUGGAAUUGUUACCUCGGCUACAUAUAACGUCCACGAUCUCACAAACGAAGGCAAUGUGCUCAACGCCGACUUUAUGUUCCCUGCUAGCCUCAACGAAACUUAUUUCAACAUCUUGGCUAGUUAUGGAACUUUGCCCGCCGGUCUGUCCUUGUAUACCUUGGUCAUGAAUAGUCCUUCCGUGGGACCCGUUAUCCUGCUGAACGCCGUCUAUCCCGGAGCUGAGCAAGAAGGACUCGAUCUUCUUGCCCCCUUCCUCAACCUGACCUCUAUUCAACGCAACAUCACCAUGAUUAAGUGGGAUGCCGUCGAUGACGACGCCGGUUUCGGUCUAGCCACGGCUUUCUGUGUCAAUGGUGAAAAGCACGAUAUGUGGUCCCUCGGUGUACGCUCCAUCGACGCAGCAACACACAUCGAUUACUUCAGCAAGCUCGUUCAGUUCUGGGAAGACUAUCCCUCUGCGUCAGGAACCACCUGGCAGGUGGAGUAUUUCCCCAUCCAAGCUGUCACUGCUGUUGCGGAUGCCUCCACUGCCUAUCCCCAUCGCGAGAUCAGUGCCCAUGAAAUGUUUUCCUUUAACAUUACCGACUCCUCCCUCGGCGAUAAGAUAGACGACUUUGCCCUUGCUGCCCUGGAGUCUUUCAACGCGACCAGUGGCUUUGAUGGUGAUAUGCACAUCUACGUCAGCUAUGCCCACGGCACCGAGGGAUUGGAUCCCAUGUAUGGCGCGGAGAAGCUGCCUACGUUGCUGAAACUGAAGAAGAAGUGGGAUCCCAAGGGUUUGUUCAGCUAUAACAAUGGGUUGCCCAACUGA